GGUAACAUUUGUACCAGUGCCUGGCGGAAGUGCCCAACGCUGGGAGCAAACUACUACGACACCGCUAUGUAAACAACAUGGCCGACUGUCGGGCAAUCUUGAGAGCGAAAUACUUCAACUAGGUACCAAUGACAAGAAAAAGAUUUUCUCUAAAGAGAAUUGACCAGCCUACAUCAUGACAUCUUUUGCAACUAAUCCUGAGGCCUACUGUCCUCCACUAUCUCUGUGGCAUUUAGUGGAACAGCAUGUGCCAUUCCAUGAACAGGAUGAGAUAAAAAACAUGUUAGGAGAUUCCUUAGUGGAGUUAUCUCUUGAACUUCAUGAUGAGGUGAAAAUUCUGUUAGACAUCUGGAGAGAUUAUAAAGAAGAGACAGAAACAAGAGUGCAAUCUACCCCAAAGUUAGCAGAACCACCACAUGUCCGAGAGAGACUGAUCCAAGAAAUUUGCUUCCUUGCUGAUAACGUGCGAGAAAAGUCUGUCAAGAAAGGAUUAGAUCCCGUUACUGUCCUAAGUCGACAUAAUACUCGGAUACUGGAAUAUGCUCAUGAUGCAAAGAGGACAGGUACAUCAUGCCCAUCGUCUGCCAGAUCUAGUGAUGGCAGACAAACUCCAAUAAGCCCCUCAAGUAUUGUCAGCAGCCAUGAAAGUCUUUCAUGCACCAUCAGUGAAAACGUGGCGUCUUCCAAUGCAAAACUCAAUGUGCUAGAAUUCUCAGAUGUCUGUGACAGACUCAGGGAUACCCUUACAAAAGAAAUUGCACAGCUGGAAGGAGAUAUUUCAUUUCUUCAUAACUGUUUGGAAGAUGAAGCAGAAUUUCGGAGUAGUGGAAGCCUAUCCCUUUCACGAGAACCUACUCUUACAGAUCUUCGUGAAGAACGAACGCUGCUAGAGAAAGAGCUUCUGUCUUCAGAAAAAGUUCCCUUAGUUCCAGUUUCCAAAGCCAUAUUUUCCCCUGGAGAGCAUGCUAACACGAAAUCUCCAAACGUUACCAGACUUAGACCAGUUCACCCAGCCAGCAGCAUCUCAAAACCAUCUCCUCUUAAGGCAUCCCAUAAUCUGGGUAGAUUCUCAGCCUCCCAGAAUCCAACCUUUCAAGAUCACCAUAGUGACACAAGAGUACCUGACAGUGAUGUCAAAGAUCAGAAGAAAAAGGGUAAUGCAUCUGAGGUUGUUCUCAAGGGCUUUGCCCCCAGAGUUUCCCCAGGGCUGUCUACACAUUCAGACACAGCAUCUGCAGACUCAGAAGAAUCUUGUGCAAAAACAAAGAAUUUUGUAGGGAUGAAAGAGCAAGAUCUUUUUUAUGCUGAGAACUCAUCAGGAUCCAAGCAUCGCAACAGAAGUCCAGGUCGUGUAAAAAUUGUGCCUGUUGGAAGCAUAUUAGACCCCUUGAGAGAUUCAGUGGACAGCAGACAGCUCAUUCCAACACCUCCAACAAAAGACAAACCACUGUUGCGAAGGCCUACUUCUGCUGAGAGAUUUCGUAAGACUGUUAUGCAGUGCAGGGAAGGAACAUGACUAUUGAUAGGCCAGUUGAUUCCAGGCUUUGUUUUACCCAGACUAGGUGUUAUGAGUAUUCAUCCAUUGGAUAGAGUAGUUUAAGUCUAAGUUGUGGCAGAUUUUUACAUUCAUUCCCUGUUACGGUAGGGUUUUUGAGCAUAAGUGUAACAGAAAAAGUUGUUCUUGUGUGAAAAAGAUGCAACUGAAAAUCUGAGUAUCUGGUUUUCAGUAAUUUAUGAAAUGCAUCAACAAUGUUCCUUAUUGAAUUGUAAAACUCACAUUUUUUGAAAGUAAAAUUUCGAACCAGAGUAGAUUAGUGGUUUGAUAUAUUUAUCUUUUUUGAAGCUUGUAUAACUAAUAAUAAAUAAGUUUAAUUAUGUAUGUGUUUCAUGAAACAUUUAUCAUAAAAUCUGAUUGACAUCUACAUAUAUUACAUGAAGUAUUAUAUUUCUUCUAGGGAGUGCAGUGCCUUGAUUAGCAUUUACGCAGUUGCAGAGAUUAUGUAAUUAUAAGAUAAUGAUGUCGCUUAAAAUUCUCCAUCCCAGUUUGAAAAAGAUUUCCCCUUGGGAUAGGGCUUCAAAGCCUUGUCACUGCCAGAUGUCUAAUGAACAAAUUUAUUGUCUUGAGACUGAUAAUUAGGGCAAAAGGGACCACAUUACUGUUAUUAUCCAUGAGGCUGAUUACUGGGGAGAGAAAAUGGACCAAGUUAUUAUGCUCAUUUUCAUUUAACUGGAUGUUUCAUUUCUGCCUUGCUGUUGGACAGGUUUAGGAGUAUAUAGGAUUUAUAUUUGUUUUCAUAUAUUUCAUAAAAAUGUCCUAGUUUUAGACUUGCACCUGCUUUAAGUUUAAACAACCCUUCUGUGAAUGUGGUAGUAAAGGAUGAACAUGAUAAAUAUUUAAGACUUGCUUAUAACUUUAAAAGAACUUGAUAUGUGUUUUUGGUAGCAUAUGCAUGCUUAUUUUAUUAGCUUUUCAGUUUCUUGAAUAAAUUUAGUGUAUUUAUAUCACUUUUUUUUUUAAUCUCUAGGUCUUAAAACAAAUUAUUUUCAAGAAGAAAAAAUCUUUUGAGAAGCUUAUUUUCUUUUUCCACAUUUCUUUUCUGAUUAAAGUAGAGAAAAGGUUCAAAACACUUAAGGUUGUUAAAAUGAUGAUGACAGAAUUUAACAACUUUUAUGCUA